AUGGCAAGUCUGGCGCUGGACGUGGGACAGACGAUUGAGCUCAACGAUGGGCGACAAGCAGUUGUGCGCUUCCUGGGAGCAACGGGGUUUGCGCCAGGAGAAUGGGUCGGUGUAGAGCUGGACGAGGCCACAGGAAAGAAUGACGGCUCGGUCAAGGGCGAACGCUACUUCGAUUGCGAGCCCAACUGUGGCAUGUUUCUGCGCGCCGCAGGAGUCAGUCGCGUUCUGAGCCGCCCGUCGACAAGGCCCACGAGCAUCAGCAUCCCACCACCUCUCGACACGGCCAAAGCUGCCUCUGCCCUGCCUUCACCUACCAAAUCGCCUACGAAGAUCAGUCGGACUGCCACACCCUCUGCUGCUCAGCACACUCGAAAUGCCACUCCUCCUACUACUACUACCACCACCGCUGCUCGUCGACCUGCCUCGACUGUCACAACCAAACCGCGGACUGCCUCGAAUCUGACCGNNGUCCUUCCACCCUCUCAGCUGCCGCCAGGAGAUCUUCUACUACUCCUGCCGCUCGACGUAUCUCAACCGCUCCGAGGCAACCCCAACCCCAAGACUCUCCUUCACCAAACCCUUCGCCUUCUGCCGCUCAAACAGACGACUCUCAGCAUGCUGAAGAUACUGGAAAUGAUCAAGAUGCUCCACAAUCGCUUGCUCCUACUUCCAAGCCUGCUACUUCACCCGNCUGCUUCGCACACCUCAGCGCGUCCAGCCAAGACUACCGCUCGCGAAGUCGAGGACCUACAGACAAAGAUGAAGAUCAUGGAANCGCAAACGUCAGGAGGAUCGCGAUGCUCUGAAAAGAUGCAGAAUGUCGAACAAGAGCGCGACAAGUACGCAAACAUUGUUCAGAAGAUGCAGUCCAAGAUGCAGGCUCAGUCGCAUGAACUAAACGACUUGCGAGGUCAACUCAAGGACUCCGAAACUCGUUUGAUCGACAUUGAGGCCAUUCAAGCUGAACAUGACGCUGUCGUUGAAAUGGCCACUCUUGAUCGUGAAAUGGCCGAGGAGACGGCUGAAUCUCUCAAGUCUGAGCUCGACGUUUUGCGGACUAGCAAUGAGGAAAUGCGUCUCGAGCUUGAUAUCCUCAAGGAGGAGAAUGAAGAAUUGGGCAGAGAGAUGAAUCCCGAAGAGCGCACGAGUCAAGGCUGGCUUCAGCUGGAACGCUCAAACGAAAGACUCAGGGAAGCUCUGUUAAGGCUGCGUGACAUGACACAGGAGCAGGAGGCUGAUCUGAAGGCUCAAAUCUCAAGCCUUGAAGACGAGGUCAAGGACUUUGGUCUUUUGAAAACCAACUACGAGGAGACCAGGGAGAAGCUACUCGCGACCGAGGCCGAUCUUGACGAUAUCCGCCAACAGCUUGACGCUGCAAUGGGUGCUGAAGACAUGAUCGAGGAGCUGACGGAACGAAACAUGGCUAUGCAGGAGAAGAUCGACGACCUAGAGCUGGUCAUCGAAGAUCUCGAAAAUCUCAAAGAACUCAACGACGAACUCGAGAUCAAUCAUGUUGAAGCUGAAAAGCAGAUGCAGGAAGAAAUCGACUUCAAAGACAACAUUAUUGGUGAACAGUCCCGUCGCUCUGCACAACAGCAGCAGGCUAUAGAAGACUGCGAGUACACAAUUUCCCGCUUCCGUGAGCUAGUCACCAACCUGCAAGCCGACCUGGAAGAUAUGCGUGCCUCACGCCAGAUCACAGAGACGGAAGCAGAGGAACUGUCGAGCCGAAGCCGUGCUAUGAUGGACCUCAACAUGAAGCUACAGAUGUCUGCUGCCAAGACUCAGAUCAAGACUAUCGAUCUCGAGCUGAGACGUCUUGAGGCUGAAGAGGCAGCUGAGCACCUGGCCAUCGUACAGCUGUUUUUGCCUGAUGCAUUCAAUGCAGAGCGUGAUUCAGUUCUGGCCUUGCUUCGUUUCAAACGUGUAGGCUUCAAGUCUCGUCUGCUCAACAACCUGAUAAAAGAACGUUUGAACGGCCAGGGUACCAAGAUUGCAGAUGAGGACAUCUUCGCUGCCUACAGUGUGCUUGACAGACUCACUUGGAUCGCCGAGAUGAGCGAGCGAUUCAUCAACGGCAUCCGCAGCUGCUCUGUCAAGGAAUUCGCAAGAUAUGAGAGUGCUCUAUAUGAGCUCGAACCAGUCGAAAGAGCUUUGAACACCUACAUCGACGCUAUCAAGCGUGAUGAUAUGAAGGAGGGCAGAGUAGACGAAGAGCUGCAGAGAUCCAUGGCAGUCAUGUCUCACCUGGCUUCUCUUCAUAUCAAGGAGUCGCUUGCUGCGUCUGCCAAUGAUAUGCUUAUGCAGGCAUCCCUGAUACAGAGCCAUUUGGACAGUACCUCAUCUGCCCUGGACGUCAGCGAGUCUGAAGAACUCAACCUGUUUAUGCACCUCGACACCAUCGUCUCCGCUAUCAGAAGUGCUCGUGUCAUAGUAAACAAGACGCACCGCAACGUCACAGACCUGCAAUCACGCUCGCUGGCAUUGAGUCCUUCUCAUCUUGAACUCCUCGUUUCUGCAGAGAAUCUGACAUCCAAGCUCGCUGUCUUCGGACGCCGCGCUGGCGAGAAGAUCCAGAGUCUCUUUGGCGAAGAAGGCCGUGAGGAGUCUGUCACAUUGAGCGAAACUGAGCGUCUCCUGACCCGCCUAUCAGCCAGUAUCUUUGGUAGUGGUUCUGCAGAGACGACGCCUUUUGCUACGCUGACUACAUACCUUGCCUCGCUGACUACUCAGCUCCACCAGCUCAGUGAUAUCUCCGCUAAUCUCGAGAACACUCAGGAGUUCGAGCGUUCAGUCGAGCCAUGGGUAACUCGCAGCGCCACUCUGCGCGCAACGAAGCUGACUUCCGUCGACACUGGAGCAGAGGUUGCUCGUCUCACCGAGAUCGUCCGUGAACGCUCUCUCCUCGUCCGCUCGAAAGAACAAGAGCUCGAAGAGCAGAGUGUUCGUAUCGAGAUGCUCGAAGCCCGCAUGGCCGAAGCUACGAAACGAUCCUCUGCCCUUUCGGAUCUCGGGACCUCCAUCACAGCCNUUGCAAAGGAGAAGACUCAACAUCAGAACGCGUUGGCUGAAGCAGAGCAGCGCGUCACUAGAUUGCGCAAGGAGAGAGAUGAGUGGAGGAAGUCAGCAGAGGAGAACAAACCCGAUCCCACUGCUACCAACGCCAUGGCAUCAGAGAUGGGAGGAGCAAGCAAGAUGGAGCUCGAUAGAGCCAAGCUCCGCAUCGACAGCCUCGAGUCUGCCAUCCGUUAUCUCCAACAGCAAUCUGCACACAAAUCCACCACUCACGGCUCUGCUGAUCUGGACUGGCUCGAGACACCGCUAGUAGCACAGCCUUCCAAACCAGUUCAACGACGAAAGACUCUGCAAGCAGAAGGCAGAACUGCUUUCAGCGAGAUGAUCAAGCUCGUCACCGAUGCCAAACCAGUUUCUCUGGGCAACAUGCCGAAGAACAGAUUGGCAUGGCGUCCUGCUGCUCAGACUGCCAAGUGGCAUGCCCAAAAGAAGAAAGAGGAUUGGGCUACAUGGCAGGAUUGGGAGCGAACUCUCCUUGACAGAGUUGAGGGCAGAAAGGUCGACAGAAAGAUCACUAAACCUUUGAAGGACGACUUCCUCGACAGCGUCAGAGACGAUGUGGUUGUUGUAGGAGGUGAUGUGUAG